AUGCGGCAUUUCUUGUAUGCCACGCUGUUUGCCGUGGGUUACGCUGCGCAGACGGUGCUGCGACCAGAGACGUUCGCGGUCGGCGACCUUGACAUCUUCCAGAGCCCAUAUUCAUCCUCCCACUCGGUCCGUAUGCGACAGCAGAAUGAGUCAAUCUGCGAUGCGGGCUCAGCUCAAUACACGGGAUGGCUAGAUGUCGGAGCCAAACACCUGUUCUUCUGGUACUUUGAAAGCCAGAACGAUCCGGCCAAUGACCCGCUAACCCUAUGGAUGACCGGUGGACCCGGUUAUUCCAGCAUGGUCGGCCUGUUCCAGGAGGUUGGCCCUUGUUUAAUUAACGAGCAUGGCAACGGAACCGUUCCCAAUCCGUGGAGCUGGUCUCGGAACUCCUCGUUACUUUUUGUGGACCAACCCGUUGAUGUCGGCUUCUCCUACAUCGAUGAGGGUCAUGCCCUCCCGCGGGACUCCCAGGAGGCCGCCGUUGACAUGCACCGGUUUCUCCAGCUCUUCGUCUCUGAGGUCUUCCCCCAUAAACGUUCCUCCCCCGUCCAUCUUUCGGGAGAAUCGUAUGCCGGCAAGUACAUCCCCUAUCUUGGGGCCCAGAUCCUGAAGCAGAACCAGCGCUAUCCCACAGAGCCCCAGGUCCACCUGCAGUCGUGCCUGGUGGGCAACGGCUUCAUGUCUCCCAUGGACUCCAUGUACGGCUACUGGGAAACGCUGUGCACCACCAAUCCCGGCGUUUCCGUGCCCGUUUUCAACGAGACCCGGUGUGACCACAUGGCCGCCAACAUGCCGCGGUGCAUGCAGGUCGCCGAUACCUGCGUCCGACACCCGGAUCCUGCUCUCUGCCAGGCGGCGUACUCCGUCUGCUACGAGGGGGUGCUCGAUGUAACCACCCCUUGUGAGAUCGACGACAUUUGCUACGUUCAAGCGGCUCAUAUCCAGCAAUACCUAAACUCCCCUGCCGUCUGGGCCGCCCUCUCGCCCCCCAAGCAGAUCACAGAAUACAAGUUCGUCUCAGACAAUGUGAUCCAGGCCUUUGACACUACGCCCGAGGGCAUGACGUCCGUCUCCGAUCUUGUCGUGUUCCUACUUUCUCAUGGGGUCCACUUCCUUGCGUACCAGGGGAAUCUGGACCUCGCUUGCAAUACAGCCGGAACGCUGCGCUGGGCCAAUGCGCUUCGCUGGAAGGGCCAGGUCGCGUUCGAAUCAAAGCCGCUACGUCCCUGGAUGUCGACGGCGAUUGGCCGGAAUGAAACAGUUGGGACAGCCAAAGAAGUCCGAGCGCGAGUAGACAGCCACGGAGAGACAGGACGGUUCGCGUUGGUGACAGUGGACGGGGCGGGUCAUUUGGUUCCUCAAGAUCGCCCGGAUGUGGCGUUUGACUUGAUGCUGCGGUGGAUCACCGGUGCCCCCUUUAUUGUCUCCUGA